CUGAGGGAAACAUAUCCGAUUCGGACCAUAGAAAGAACAUGCUGUGCUUCUGCCUCAUUCUUUUGCUAGGAGAAAUAUCUGGGGGAAGAAUGCUGUCUUUUGUGGGCUUACCUGGUACAGGCAAAGUUAAAGAAAAUUCUCCAGCUGGUGCUUCAAUAUAUACCUUCAAUGUCUCUUUAUCCCCAUCCAAUGCUCCAGUGAAUGGAUAUCCCAAAAUAAUAAACACAAACCCGCUCACAAAGGCUUUCAGGAUCAAUGCUGUAUCUUCACUUCAGUACAUCGUUGCCACCAGUGGAGAUCCUAUGAUAGAUUAUGAAACGAUGCCCCACACAUUUGACUUGCAGAUUCUGGUGCGUGACAGUGCUGGAGCAAAAGCCGUACAAAUACUGACUAUUGUGGUGCUUGAUGAAAAUGAACCUCCCGUCUUUCUAGGCGAUCUUGCCACCCAAACUGUCAUGGUGUAUGUCAUGGAAAACAAACCAGCAGGAAUUAUUUACCAGCUUCAUGCAUUCAGUUCAGAAAAUACAACAUCUACAAGAAUCUUUUAUUCACUGACUCCGGUAGAACCAUUCUCGAUUUCCCAAACUGGAACCAUUUCUUCUUCGAAAGCAUUUGAUUUUGAGAAAGAUCCACAUAGCUAUUCAUUAAACAUUACAGUGACAAAUGGCCAGGGUUUGAGUACAUCUGGGACGGUGAUAAUCAAUAUCAUAAACAUCAAUGAUGAAACACCCUACUUUAACAUGACAAAAAGCGUAUUCGGGAUUAAGGAAGAAGAAAGGACAGGAACCAUUGUAACCACAAUAACAGCUGUGGAUCCAGACAACAUUUUUGAUGACAGCCUCCGCUACAGAAUCACUGCUCCUCAAAGGAUUCCUUAUUUCUCAAUAAACCCAGAGAAUGGUGUUAUUCGAGUGGCCAGAAGACUAGAUCGCGAUAUUGAGCCACUAAAACUACAUCCCAAUAUAUCUUUGGAAAUUCUUGUUGAAGAUAGUCCUAACGGUGGACAAAGUAAUAGCAUUACAAUUGUUAUAUCCGUUCAAGACAUUAAUGACCUCCCGCCAGAAUGCCAACAAUAUAAUUUCAGACAGAGUUUUUUGGAAAACAUCAGCACAGGAACAAUUAUUUUUGACUUGAAAAAUUCCUGCCAGGACCAUGACGCUGUCGCACCAAACAACCUGUUUAACUUCACUGGACUGUCUGGAGUUGGAAGUCAUAAAUUUGCACAGGACCCACCUGGUUCUGGAAGAAUUAAGCUGGUGGGAAAUGUGGAUCUUGAAAAUCAAACUGAUGGAGCAGUGAAGGACUAUAUUCUGAAUAUUGUGGUGCAAGAUAUUGUUUCGCCUUUCUAUCCGAAUAAUAUCUACAUUUAUGUUAGAAUACUCCCUGUGAAUGAGUUUAUACCAGUCUUCAGUCAUUCUUCAUAUGUUUUCAAUGCAUCAGAAAUAAUAGCAGUGAAGUCUAUAAUUGGAACAGUGACCGCAACAGACAAAGAUGUACCAUCUACCGGGAUAUCAUACUCAAUUGUGGCUGGAGGAGGCACCCGUGACUACUCAGAAGUAUUCUGGAUUGAUCCUAAAGAUGGCAGAGUAGAAAUAGUUGCUCAAUUAGAUUACGAAACAAGUCAGAGGUACCUUCUCACCAUUCAGGCUUCUGACAAUGAGGGCUAUACUGCGACUGUGUCAGUAACAGUGAAUGUUCUUGAAGCAAAUGAUGAAAAACCAGUUUGCUCCACCAAUUCACGUUUGUUGCAGAUUCCGGUGAGCCUGACUCCGGGCACCAACAUCAAUGGUUUCUAUAUAUCAUGCGUUGACCGAGAUUCAAGUCCCCGAUCUUUCCGUUACACUAUUAACUCAGGUAAUGUGAAUAACCAUUUCGCUUUUUCGCCAAGUGCUGGCUCUGGUACCUCAUGGCUGAUUCUUCUAUCCCCAUUUGACUAUGAAGGAGGCCUGGACAGAGUCUGGGAAUACAGGCUGGAAGUCUUAAUAACAGAUGAUAAUUUGUUAUCAGUGGCAAAUAGAGCUACCACCCUCAUUCAAACGGGUACAGUGACAUUCACCGUUAAAGUCAUUCCUAAUCCAACCACCGUGAUCCCAACAACACCAGGCGUUACCCUUGUGACCAGUAGAGAAAACGUCUAUUUUGCUUCAGCUUGGUAUGUGCCCUUCAUCGUUUCUCUUGGCAGUUUGCUCCUCCUUGGACUUCUUGGGUAUCUGACCUUCUUGCUGGCAAAAUAUAUCCGCACCCACUGCCAGCCAAAGCCCAAAGAAGACAAAAAGCCACUGAUAAAAACACCAGAAAAGAAGAAGGUUGGGAAAGAAGUAGUAUGGGAGAUGACCAAUGUAAAUGCCGUUUUCGAUGGGGAAGCAAGAGAUCCAGUCACUGGCCACAUGUAUGAAUUUAAUUCAAAGUCCGGAGCUCGGAGAUGGAAAAAUACAAACAGGCCUCUAGAAUUGGAAGCAAAGGAUCCAGAGACGCACAUAACGGCUAUUAGAACGAGCACUGGGCAAGGAAAUCUAGUAAGCGGAGAGCAAGCUGGGACCAGUGCCAGAAAGCAGGGAAGGCAGGACAACAAGAUGUCAGCACCACCCGAACAGAAGAUUGAGAUUUCUGAUCAAGAUAAUGACCUAAAAUUACGGGUGCCGAAAGAAAAAUCUCUGGCAAAUGGAUCAACAGUCCAUCCAAGCACAUCGCCAGCUCUACCACGCAGGUCACCCAUGCCCUCUCCCAAAAUAUAUCCCAAAUAUCAAAGUCAAGCUUAAAACAGGAAGUAUUUUUUUGAGUAAUGAGUCCAGAAAACCUUUUGCAGGUACUCCAAAAAUGGAGCGGUAAUGUGAACACAUUUUACUUAUUGUUAAUUACGUUCUUUUUGAGUUAGUAACGAAAAGUGGCACUGUUAAAGAAACAGCCUGUCGUGGGCAACAAUUCUAAUUCAGAUAACAUAUUGGAAGUGCAAUCUAUGGCAAUUGAUCUGAAAGACACAAGAAGAGUGUGAGUGGCUGGAAUAAUUGCCAACUACUUUGGCAUUCAUAACCUAAGGGAUGAGGCACCAGCCUGCAGCCAGGAACACUGGACAUGACUUCUGUAAGAGAAAUGCAGCUUAUUUCGGGAGAGACUAGUGGAUAUUUUUAACAUACUCUUCAAAACUUAAGGAUGAUUUAAACAAUGAGCCAAAUCAAAGUUGCUGUUGCCGUGAAGUGUAGAUCCCAAAAUGAGUGCUGCGACUUUUAUAUUUACCUGCCAGAUUUGCUAAAAUGAUGGAAAUUUAGAGAGUUCUCUUCAUCUGCAAGUUCCUUAAAGCCAGGUUAUCUUUUUGUCACAAGGCUUCUAUUGAACAGGCACACACCUCACACAGUCCAAAGAAAAUGAGUAGCAUUUACAUGGUAAAACAGUGGUGAACGGCUUCCUUCAGAAGGGCUACAAUACUGAGCAGCCGUCACAUGGCUUGGAUUUCCAACAACUGCAAAACAACUGUUUUUGUUACAUUUAUCUGAAUGGGAAAAGAUGGCCUGUUUCUACCACUGAGAUUAUGUACUGUUCCUUGUAUAAUUUUUUAAAAACUUUGUACAAAAAUUUCCUGGUUUGCAAACUAAAGUAUACUCACAUAAUUAUGCUUUU